GUGGGUCUUCUUAAAUAUUGUAUAUGUAUUCACUUUUUUGAUCUUUUGAAAAUUUUAACUGUAUGUAAUCCCAUAAAAGCGCAUUUUUGUGUGAUCGCCUACUAGAAGUCCGAAACCUUGAGUUUGGACUAUUUCAUUAGCCUUUACAGGCAAUUAGUCUUAUAAAGAUUCUGGUUUACAAUUCGGGAAUAUUUUUAUUUUUAUAUGAGAAAUCGGGUAUGAUAGUGACCCCAUCAAUACAAGUAAGAUUUCUGAUUUACCUAAUAUUAAUAUUUUUUCGUCAUUUGCAACAUUAAAGUCCUUUCAAAAUUAUGAAAUAUUUCGAAUUGAUUUCUUUCGAAAUUCUUGCUGUUGUCAAAUUUCCGUUAACUACACAUCUCAAGUAAUCACUAAGUUCAUAGUGCGCAUGUCCUUCACACAUUUCCAAUUCUCAUGACAUUCGUAACUUUGUUCAUGCAUCCCAUACAUAAUGUGAUUGAGCCUUUCAAUGCAAGUGUAAAUAAUACAAAAACUAAAACGGAAGCUGUUUCAGAAAACUUUCACAGAAAAUUGAUAAUUGAAAGUGAUUAGACGAUAAAUUGAAUUUGAAACAUAUCUCCAGUAUCUUAUGCAAUCGUUUAGAGAUGUCGCACAAACAGAAAAUAGCAAUAUACAUGCUUUGGCUGGCAUUGGGAGCAAUGCAAUCAGCUGAUGGACAAUCGAUUUCGAAUACGGUGCAUCGCACGCAAGCUGCCACGGAACGCAUAAAUGAUCUCUCUUGCUACGAAUGUGAUACGAUGGACCAUGGCGAGGCGUGUGUGGAUGUCACAACGCGCAAUCUAACCAAUUUCAUACGCAAAUGUAAGGGUGAGGAAUUCAUUUGUAUGGUUAAGCGCUUUUCAUACACAACCAGCACGGAGAAUUCUACCAGCGCACCGAAAAUGUGGUCGCUGGAUCGGCGCUGCGCUGUGAAUUGUGAGGCCGGCUGCAUUGUGAUCGGUGAGCGAACGAAGCUAUAUGCUUGCACUUCGUGCUGUGAAAAGUCGCUUUGCAAUACGGGACGCGGCCGUGCCGCCAGCACUUUUCAGCGUGUGGAAACGGGCAUUGGCACAUGUUGGUGUGCCGUAUUGGUGGCAACAUUGUUGCAGCGACUAUUUCUGCACAGCAAUCAAUACCUGUUGGAAAUGUGAAACUUAUAACGAAGAGCGAAUAAAUGGUGAAGAAGAAAAGCAGUUAGUCGCAUUAUGCAGUAGCUGGAAAUAAUGUAGAGGAUAUAUGUUCAAAUGAAGGCUCCGCAAGCAACUCUCCUAUAAGCGCCAAAAACUUAAACUAUUUAGCAAAUGUAUACUCAUAACGUGGUAGUUGAAAACUUUUUCCUGUUCAAAUCAGCCAAAUACUUUUGUGAUACCAAAAAGGAUAAUUAAUAAAACUAAUUAGAAUACUAAUUAAAGUUUAGUGUUGAAAUUCCAUAC